CUUCCCUCCGCAUCAUCGCAUCUACCCAUCAAUUAAAUCUGACAACACGUUCCCAGCACAUUUUGUGCUCUCAUCCAACAUGGCAGCGGCGGCCAACACGACUGCCGGCGCUCAGGCAGAUUUGCCUAUGCGCAAGCGUCCUCGUGUCUCUGAUCUGCCACUCUCUUCUUCCAAGCGCGCAUCCAUAGACAGUUUGCUGCACACCUUCAAGAAGAAGGGUCAGUUCGACGACCUUCGCAAGAACACUUUUGCCCAAUUCGAUCAAGGUGUACGUUUAUUCCAAAUCCUUCCACGAUUCACAACGUCUGACAAACAUCCUCAAGCCCCUCAAAUCCACCCUUGUCGACUCCAUUCGCUCCUUCACAGACGCCGAGAUCGAUCGCGACCCCAUCAAAUACCUUACCAAGAACCCACGCAUCGCCGCUCCUCUUCUCGAAGGCGCUGCCGCCCGCGCAGACAUCUAUCCCAAAACCGAAGCCGACAUUGAACACUUUAUCCAGGACUACCUUCAGACUGCUGAACAAGCUUUACGGGACAUUCGAAGGGAGGAGAUUGGCGAAGAAGCUGCAAAGCAAGAGGAGGAAGCUGGCAACAAGCCCGAUUCAGUCUAUGCCGAGGCCUCGCAGCGCCGUCACCAACAGCGUCUCGACCGCUAUGCUGACGAAUUGAAGGAAAUCGCAAAGAAGGAGCGAGCCCAACAAAAGAAAGCCGAACUCGAAGCCCUGAAACAG